AUGACGCUUUGCGUGCUUCGUAGAAGCAGAUCUUUUGCCAGCAAACUGCUUCUAACUGCAGCCGCAGCUUUAACCGUUACUCCAAGAGUUACAAUGGCUGAACUCUGCACAGAUGGUGGAAAGUGCAACGAUGAAGUGGAGAAGGCCAAACUUGCUGCUGAGGCUGCGGAGAAGUACAAGCCUGAGGACUCGAUAUUCAUGAAGAUCAUUCGGAAAGAAAUCCCUGCUGAUAUAGUGUACGAAGACGACAAGGUUUGUUCUCCUACUUUGUAAUGGUCGUUUUAACAUUUGUGGUCUUAAAGACUCAGAAGCUUCGGGGUCGGGGGGGUGGGGGGGCGGUGGGGGGUACUCCGUAUUUCAAGGGGCAGGAUUACUAAAUGGAGGCGAAAGUCAAAACAACAAAAUCCCCAGGGAUACUGACAAAACUGAAAAAUUCCCCAGACGAAAAAUAGAAUCCGCAUAAAAUCCCAUCCUGAAUUCCCAUUCCUUGAAUAAAGUUGAUUAAAGCAAAAGGGAAUUUCUGUCCAGGGCUCGAAAAAAGUCCAUCCAAAGUUUUGGACAAGUAGAUUUUCUUGUGGGAAAAGUGACUUUUAAAGCUUAUUUGCCCAGUGAGCAAGGAUCCAGGCAACUAAUUAAAUCAUUAACAAAGCCAUGCAAGAAGUGGCCCCAGGCAAACGAACUGCUGUCGUGAUAUAACUGGGCAAUAAACAUGAAGAAUAAUGAGAUAUCAACUAUAUAACUGAGGUCUUGUUGAAUCCGUCCUGAGACACUAAAUGGAGUAUUUUAUUACUGUUUUUUAGCCUGCAUUGCAGAUACUCUAAACCGCCUGUACAGAGUAUUUGUGAAUUAGUGCACAUCAUCGUGUUAUAUGUUGAUGUUUUUGAUUGGCUUGUCUCUUUUGCAGUUUGUGAUUGGUCUGAUUUGAAAAAAGUGUUGACAAGCCAAACGUGAUUUAUAGUUUAUGGUAGUGUGAAAUAUGACCUUACAGUUAGCUUGAACAACAGAGAGGCACUGUAAAGGAAUUCUAACAAGUGCCAUGGCUUUGACAUAAGGCAAAUGAAAUGAUGACAAACGACACAAAGAAGGGUUGAAACUGUCUAAUUUGGCCCAUCUUGUUUUUCUUGAGAUAAGUGAGUCUUUGGACUGGAGUGUGAUGUUCUUUAGUUUCUCUGUUGGUAAUUCCUUUUGUUUUAGCUUUUAAGAACAGUUUAUAAUGGGCAGUGCAUCUGCAAUGAUUAGAAGACAAUGGAAAAUCAAGGACUGUCGGUAACCAGUCGGCAACUUAACAAACACAUUUUGGCCUUCAAGGAAUAUUCUCUCAAAGUAUUUUCCUGUUCAGAAAGACUAAGGCUUUCAAGCCCAGACUGCUCUUUCACUGCUGUCAAAGCUCUUUGCCAACUUUCGACAUGCUUGCAUCCAACCAUCAUGCACUCAUAAGAAUUGGGCCAGUUAUGAAGCACGUAAGAAACGUUCCUAUCAGAAAUGCUCUUUCUAAUACAGCUGUGGUAGUAAUUUUGCCAAAUCUUUGUUAAUAGCCAGGUAGUUUAUGUAUAAACUUGGGAGGUAUUGACCCUGAAAAACCCUAUUGAGCAACCUUAAUAUUUUAUUUUUCUGACUUUCUCUCAUCCCUGCCUUUUUCAUUGUCCAUUGGGGGGGAGGUGUAAUAACUAGGCUUCAUUUCAUGGGGAAAAGUGGUUGCAAAGCCGCCCAGGCUGGAUCAUGAAAUUGUUUUCAAUGAAAUGUACAUAUAUACUGAAACAUGAGUUUCAUUCGAUUUUUCCUGUCAAAGUUACAUUUUUUUGCAUUUUUCUCUGGCAUAUGUUGGCUGUGGUCUUUUUCCCCUGUGCAAUAAUUUUUGUAUAACUCUUAAACUUGAUGAUGUGAGAAGUUGUACCAGGUUCUGCAUGAGUGGUUACCAGCAUUUGAGGUGUGAAUGUGUUCUUAAGAUGAGAUUUUUCCAUUCACUGAAAAAAAUUAAUACCAGUGUAAAAUUGUGAAAGUCCUGCUUGUUAGUGAAAAAUUUUUUGUUGCGUUCGUGAUCGAACCUUUUUCAAAUCACAUUAUUUAAACUGUAUGAGACAAGGCCAUUUGCAUGAUGGCGUGAUUUUACUACUACGACCAGAAUCCUUCAUGUUUUUGCUUUCUUGUACAAAUUAGGGCUUUUGUUAUUUAAACCUCACUGGGAUGACCAAAUUUAAAUGUGAAAGGAAAAACGAAAAGAAUUCUGGUUGUAGUAGGAAAAUGACGCCAUGACGUGCAAAUGACCUAUUUAAUUGUCUUUGAGAUGGAGUACGUACUUUAUAGCCAUUUUGCAUGUGGCAAUUUUCCCUUUGGUAAAUAUAACUUUUAAACUUUCAGUAGGUUUUCUCAAAUGUGUUACUUAGUAUGAGAUUUUCAUUGCCUUAUUUCCUCUUAGAUAAUACUAAUGAGUCAGUUUUUGACUGACAGGCUGUUGCUUUUCGGGAUGUCAAUCCUGUUGCACCCAAACACAUUCUGGUAAUACCUCGCAAACCACUGAUGCAGCUAUCAUCAAGCACUGAAGAAGACAUUCCUGUAUGUAUAUCCUUCUCUUGCAGCUGUUAACUUAUUAGCUUUACACAAUGUACAUGUAGGAGUAUAAAUAAUCAAUGUACAUGUACCUUGUAGUUUAUUGGGUUCUUUACCAGCUAGGAUUGCAGUUUGGGCUAUUCUAAAAAAAGGCAUAUGUCACUACACUAACACACCAAAAUAUACACAAUGUAGGUGUUGCACCUGACUAAAAAAGCAAAAUGAUGCUGAUGCUAUUAACUUAAGUGUUUGUCAGAAUUAUUUUAUGGAGAUUGUUAUAACAAGUACACAUUAUUUAGUGCAUUCUUAGUUGGACAGAGGCAUUCCAUUUGUAAAGGCCAACUGGUUUUCAUUAGCUAAAUGCUGAGUACAGCAAAUGGCUUUUUUUGUAUGAUCUCUAUCCUUGUUUGUAAAAAGAAGUAUCGGCAUGGCUACUUGAUCCUUUAUUGUACCCACUUUUAUUCCCUUUCAGCUUCUAGGUCAUUUGAUGUGGGUGGCAAAGAAAGUUGCAGAGAAAGAAAAUCUGAAUGAAAGUGGAUACAGGCUAGGUAGGUAAUCACUAACUCUUUUAAUUAACCCUUAAAAGGGACACAGUCAGCUAUGGGACUGAUCUAACCUGGACACUGCUUUUACCAGUUUGAAAGCAUUUACCUCAACCCAAAAUCAAAUGUAUACACCAGAUACAUGUAAAAAUUUGCUUCAAUCUUGCCUAGUGUUUCAUCUGAUCCUCGAUCUUUUACUGAAAACCCCUUUUUGAACAAACUUUUACUCAUCCUAUAACAUUUUUUUAAAUCAUAUUUUGUUAAACACAGUAUUGAAAGGAACAUGAAAAGAAGAGGUGGGAAACGUGUAGGCGCCCAGCAGGGGAAAUAAUUUGCCUUCGUUGACCAAAAUAACAAGAGAAAUGAAUCAAUAACAUUUGAGAGCAAAUCAUGGUUAUACAUGUACAUAAUGGAAAAUCAAUGAAGAAAGGUUAUAUAUAUUUGGUAUAUCAACCUUUCUUGACCUUGAACCUUUGACAAUGAUUCAGACAAUGUUUCAUUUCUCACCUCUAAUGAUUCUUCGAACGGAAGUAUUUGUCAACGUUUGGCUUUCUCUGAACAAGUUCAUUGGUGAAUUCCAAAUAGUACAUAAAAAUUGAGUGCUCUGAUAUGACGUAGGGUCUAUAAUCAUGAUUGUGACUUGCAAUAUUUGCCUAACUCCACAACACUGGUUUAGGUGUUCCAGAUGCGCUUCUCACUUUCUGUUCACACGCAUUUUGGGAUAUUCAAAUCAGCUAAGAAGUGGUAUCUUUUGAACAUGUGCAUCAGCUGACUGUGUCCCUUUAGGUCUCAAGAGAAACCAACAUCAAGACAAUGCUCUCCUAACAAUAUCCAUACAUCAAUUCAAAAGAAAAAGUUAUGAGAAUUAAUACAAUGAUCACCACUAAAAAGGUGCUAAAUCUUUCAUCAUAUUCUCUCAACUUAUUCCUUAAGGAAAUGUAUGGGGACCAGUCUGGAGAAUUUGUAUGUGGAUAUUAGUGCUUAAAGAGUUUAUCACAAGAAUAAACUGAAAAUUCCAAGUGGGGUUUGGAAAAACAUGAUGACAGUGCCCUGUUACCCCCGCCCCACCCAGGAUCUGACCGGCUUUUUCUGUUUGCUUUCAGUCAUCAAUAACGGACGGGAUGCUGCCCAGUCAGUUUAUCAUCUUCAUAUCCACAUUCUUGGUGGACGACAGAUGUCAUGGCCACCUGGCUGAGUCACCAAACAAAUAAACCAGAUUAUAGACACCAGUAUCUUUGACAUUCAUUAGGAAUCAGUUUUAAAAACUAAAAGGCAGGAUCAGCAGAGGUGAAGGAGGAACUUCAUAAAACUAGAAGUAUAUUUUGAUAUCCUUGUGUGAAAUAAAGAAAAAUCAAAUAAA